UUUCUUUUGCACAUUUUAAUCUCUUUGUACAUAUUUAUUGUGUAUUCUUCUUUACAAUUCAAUGACAAAAGUUUCUCUUUUAUCAAUAACAGAUUAUUCAGAAUUGGCCGAAUUUUGUGCAGUGAUCAUACCUUGUAUAUGGGCAAGAUCUUAUAAAAAGCCUAUAUUAAGUCCGAAACGACAUGCUGCCUUUAAAUUAUACAUUCAUAAAGUGUUGAAAGCAACCCAAAUAUCAUGUACUUGCAUGUUAUUAGCCUUAUAUUAUAUUCAACGAUUACGACUUGCUUAUCCAGUCAUACAUGCUUCUAUUGGAUCUGAAGUUCGAUUAUUCACGACAUCAUUAAUAUUAGCGAAUAAAUAUUUAGAUGAUAACACAUUCACAAAUAAGACUUGGUCUGAUGUGUCCAAGAUUCCUGUUCAUGAAUUAAAUAUUAUGGAAAUUGAAUUUUUAUCGGCUUUAGACUAUAAUUUACAUACAUCAGAUACAAUGUAUUAUGCAUGGAUAUUACAAUGUCAAACUAUAUGGUCUGAUAGUCUAAUGCAUUCAAUUAAACAAGAACCUUAUUUAUUCGUUGAUCAAAAUAAUUCUUCUAUGAAACGUAAAUUGAUUCAACAUGAACAACAAGAAGACUACCACACUACUUUAUAUCAGAAUAAAAAGAAGAAGAAUUCAAUGACAACAACUCCAACCACCUUACAACAACAACCACUUUAUUCUUAUCCCACUCCUCCUUCUACUAUCAUCUGUAAACCCAUCUUGAGCUGGUCCUCAUCUAUCCAAAACAAUGUUACUACAUCAUUAAUAUCUGCUAUCGUCAAUCAACAGCACUAUUAUCUUACUCCAGCCACUUCCAAUAGUUAUUAUUAUAUGAACAAUAAUAACAAUCAAAUCUUCUUUUAACUCUAUUUUUUUGUAUAUAUACAUAUUUACAUACAUAUUUACAUACAUACAUAUAUUCAUACAUACAUACAUAUAUACAUACAUAUAUACAUAUAUACAUGCAUGCAUACAUACAUACAUACAUACAUACAUACAUACAUACAUAUGUAUAUGAUUCCCCUACUCUCUCUUUUUCUCUCUUUUCUUAAUAUGGAAAAAAAUUUUUUUUUUGUUUUUGUUUAUAUAAUACAUAUUAUUAUCAUGAAUUUUGUACAUAAAUAAAAAUAAUGAAUUAAUAUAUCAGGUACACAAUUUGAUCG